AUGAGCACUACACGCAACAGCGACCUUUGCCGCUUCUUUUUCGCUGUUGACACAGACCACUAUUUUGUCUGCAACUACUGUAGUGCCCGGCGCAAGCAGCUCCCUUCAAGUGGCUACGCAAAUAUGAUCAGCCAUCUCAAGGACAAGCACCCCGGCUACGUUCAAGACUACACGUCUCAUCAAAGCAGACAGGCGGGUUUGCUUAGGACCUUUGGGUUUGUCAACCCUACCGCAUCCAACAUGUAUCGAUGGAUCGAGUGGGUCGUCACCCGUAACAUGCCGUUAAGCGAGGUCGAUGAUCCACUCACUAGAGGCAUGUCGAAACUUCAGCCUGUCUGCUCAAAGAUGCCCAAGCGAUACAUGACUUUACUUGUUGCUGCUGUCGAGGCUAAGAUUACUGCCGAGAUGUCAGGGCAGUAUGGCUACAUGUAUGAUGCAUCUACGUUCUAUCUGGAGAACUACGUGGCUCUUUACGCUGUGUAUUGGUAUGACGAUCAGAUGAGGCAAGUGCUGCUUGCUAUCGCCCCAAUGGAAGAAGGCGACCUGACGGCUCCUUCAUCAAGAAAAUCAGCGAGAUUUUCCACCUAUCAGAGUCGAAGAUGGCAUUUCUGA